GUUUUUGAUCAAUUAAAUUACCUCUUCCAGUUGAUUUUGAAACAACUUGUGUAUUCAACAACACUCACAAUACAAAAGCAGACAUUGGAAACAUAUAUAGGGAACGAAAUAUGCACAUUAUACAUAUUGACAAACAUAAAAAGAAAUGACUUCAGAAGUCAUUUAGGGUGCUGAGUAAUAAGCAACAGUGAAAUACUAAAAUGCCUUAUUGAUUCUUAUUUCGCGGUCGAGAGUUAUUUUAUGGGAAUCAACAACUUGAAGGCUGCUUAAGAGCUCAGCUGGAGAUAUUCAAAAGAGAAUAAAUGCAAUUUCCAACAAGUUGCAGAUAUUUCUGCUUGUCUGGUACUUGUGCCUUAACAUUUUGUACACCAUCAGAGCCCUUCCUCGGUACAUUUACUACUUUGAUAACUGACACAUUUUUUACGUACAAAAGUCCGGCGAACUCCUUCCAAUACUCAUUUCUUAUCGAGUUCCAUAUGCAAUCUCAGUAUAGUUGUAAGUAAGUAAUGAGUUUUUAACAUGGAAAUCAUUGGAUUGGUUGAGGAGGACCUCAGCAUGACCUAAAGAGUAUUCAAAUUCCAUUUUCUCCCCGUCAAAACAAACACUAACGCGCGAUGUUCAAACUCGCGCGCUCUUAUAGGCGGGUCAUAAAUGCCUGGGCAGGCGACGACAAGCGAAUAAAAAUGGCGUUCGAAUUCACAUGUUUGUGCUGGCGCAGAGUUUUAAUAGGUUAUAAGAAAUAAGAUCUGUGUCAUCAAUUUAGUGAUGUAUUACGAUACGUCAUUUCAAUGAUCAUUUUUCAAUACCCUGUGUACAUCAAGUACUUGUGUUCAAGUAAUUGGAAAUUUGAUAUCGAACAAUUUAUUGACCCACUUAAAGCAACCAGUGGCGUACUUGCCAGGUUAUCUUGUGAUAUGUUUGUCAAUGUCAUAAGUUGUAUAUUAUCUACUUUAUAAGAAUAAUUUUGUCGAAAAAACCCCUAUGCUAUAAACAAAAUUGGGAUUAAAACUCAAAAUAAUAAUAUAGAGCAGACCAAAGCUUUUGGACUUUCAUUGUAUUUAGGUAUAAGGGAUGUUGAAUAAACCUCAUUCCCUUGUCAUAGACACACCACUGCAUUAUCAAGUGCACCGUGAAACUGCACAAUCAGCUCCCUUGAUUUGAAAUCAGUUCACAUCUAGUAUUCUUCCAGUGAUGUAUCUCACAGGUAUAUUUCUAAGCCUGCUAGGUUUAUGCCAUGGCGCAAACAUUUUGGCCAUUAUUCCUACACCUUCUUUCAGCCAUCAGACAGCAUUUUGGCCACUAUGGAAACAACUAUCACUCAAAGGUCAUAACGUUACCGUUGUUACAACGGACCCAAUGAACGACCCAAAGCUCACGAACCUGACUGAAAUAAACCUCCAUAGUGCAUAUGAGCUGAUGGAUCCAGUUUACCAACGUAUGGGCACGAUGGAUCCAUUAACAACUUUAAAAUUUUUCAACCAACAGAUGCGUCUGGUUAUGCUCCAUAUACUUGACCAAGAAUCUGUCAAGGAACUAAUGAAAAAGGAUAAACGUUUCGAUGUGGUACUUGUUGAAUCCCUAUUCCCGCUAUUUUUGGCUUUUGGGGAGAAACAUAGAUGUACUACGAUCUUGGUGAGCUCCUUGGAUGCCCUUAAUUAUAUUCACAGCUACAUGGGGAACCUGGAUCAUCCAGUGGCAAGUCAGAAUAUGUUGUUGCCGUUCUACAAAGACCACACCUACAAGGAACGAUUGAUAAGUACCUUUUUCUAUGUGUACGGAUGGUACCACAAACAUUUUGAUUACUUUCCACAAAUGAACAAAGAUAUUGCAAAGAGCUUUGGGGAAGGAAUGAUUACACUACAGGAUAUGUUGAAUAAAGUUCAAAUGCUGUUUUUGAACGUACAUCCUGCUUUAAACAGUCCGAGACUUAUGGGGCCCUCGACUAUCAUGUUUGGAGGAAUGGUACACUUAAGAGAGCCAAAACCUCUUCCCCAGGACCUGCAAACCUUCCUCGACAAAGGAAAGGAGGGUGUCAUCUACCUCUCCUUUGGAACUAAUAUGAAAGCAGACAGAAUACACCCAGAAAAAAAGCAAAUCUUGUUCAAAGUUCUCAAUUCGCUGCCAUAUAAAGUUCUUUGGAAGUACGAGGGUCAAGAUUUUCAAGAACAUCCAAACAUUAAGUAUAUAAAAUGGUCUCCGCAACAAGAUGUUUUAAGGCAUCCAAACGUAAAAUUAUUCAUCACCCAAGGAGGCUUACAGUCACUGGAAGAAGCUAUCUAUAACGGCGUACCUGUAGUAGUAUUGCCAUUUUUCGGAGACCAAAUGUCGAAUGGCAGGAAAAUUGAAGACAGGGGCAUUGGUAAAACGGUUAACCACAUGGAAAGUGGACUUGAUGAAAACAUUCUUAGGAGUACUAUCUUAGAAGUGCUUCAUAAUGACAGCUAUCGCCAAAACGCGGAAGCCUUGAGAGACAUAAUCCUGGACGAACCAAUGCCAGGAGUAGAUAAAGCAGUUUGGUGGACAGAAUAUGUGAUAAGAAAUAAGGGAGCACAGUACCUCAGAAUGCAUUCGAAAGAUGUUCCUUGGUACCAGUAUCUAAUGUUGGAUAUAUUCGCAUUUUUAACUGCUGUUGCCGUUGCAGUAAUGACCAUACUAUACCUCGCGUGGAGGUUGUUGAAACUACUGGUUCGAUUAGCUUUCAGAAAGUCUAAAGUUGAUUGAGGUAUUGUAAGCAUUGCAAUCGGUAUGACAACUAGUCAUAUUGAGGGAAGUGUCGCAUAUAUUUUUAUCUUCUCAACAAAUGAUACAACUUUAAAGCUCCACUAUAAACAGGGUCUACAUUUUUAUAAAGAAUACAUUACAAAGUUCAAAAAUUUAAUCUUCCCGUGACCUCUACUACUUCUUUUUAUAACAAUUACUGCUUCUCCAACUGAAAUGUACAAUUUUGUUUUGUUAUCGAAUGGAUAUCUUAAAUAUUAUAUACUAUUUAUUGUAAUUUAAAAUGUUUUAUAUUGUUUUAAGAAAUACAUAUUUUAAGAUAA